AUGUCAUACACACAACUUCUUUUCUACAUAAGCCAGACUCUGAAGGAUAUUUUGAUGCAAUCAAAAAAAAUAUUUCGUUGUUUGAAUCAAGCAAAAUCUGAAAAAUUCAAGUCUGUUGCCUUCCCUGUAAAUGAGUCAGGAUAUAUUGGAGACAUUAUUUUACAGUCUUAUUUUGAGGUAUUAACAACCUACAAUGCUGAUUAUCCAAAACAAAUCUAUUGCAAAAAAACCUUGGACAAGUGUGGGCAUUCAUUCUGUUCUGCUUGCAUCGACCGCAGCUUCUCUGCAGUCGGACCUUACUGUCGAGUUUGCCAGACAGUUUAUGGCAAAGAAAUUGGACAACAACCUCCAGGAAGAAUGUCAGUCAAAAAAGAAAUCUGUUCUUUGCCAGGAUUUUCAGGUUGUGGAACAUAUGUUUUGGAUUAUUAUUACAUACCCGAUGGUAACCAAAAGAAGGGACAUCCCAAUCCUGGAAAGAGAUUCUAUGGCACAAGUCGGACUGCUUAUCUACCAGCUAAUAAGGAAGGAGAAACUGUCUUGAAAAUGCUUCAGAAAGCCUUUCUGCAGAAAUUAAUUUUCACUGUUGGCACCUCCAAAACAACCAACAUGCAAGACACUGUCACUUGGAAUGAUAUACACCACAAAACCAGUAGAUAUGGAGGCCCUUUUCAAUUUGGAUAUCCAGAUCCAGAUUAUCUGAAAAGAGUGUCUUCAGAAUUAGAGGCAAAAGGAAAAGUCAGCAUGUAUAUCUAUCUAUCUAUCUAUCUAUCUCAAUCUGUUCAUAUCUGUCAUAUCUGUUCAUAUCUAUCUAUCUAUCUCAGUCUGUUCAUAUCUUUCUAUCUAUGCAAUUGUUUCUAUUUAUCUAUACACAUAUGUUUCUAUCUAUGCACUUAUGUUUAUCUAUCUGUCUCUUCAUAUCUAUUUAUCCAUCUCAGUCCGGUUUUAUCUAUCUCUCUAUGCAAUUCUGUAUCUAUCUAUCUAUCUAUCUAUCUAUCUAUCUAA